CACGCCGCAUCCCACAUCCAACGCCACCGCCGCCGCCGCCCCGCCGUCGGCGUCAUGCUCCACCUCCGGCAGCGCGUCCUCUCCCAUCUCCUCUCCGCCGCUCCCCAUCCUUCCACCUCCCCACUCCUCUCUCUCCACCGCCUCCUCUCCACCGCCCAGGCACUCAAGGCCUCCGCCCAUAUUUCUAUUGGAUGUAUGUUUAUUUUAUGCCACCAUCGCCGGGGUGGAACCGGCAUACAGAGCUCAUCGGCGGGUAAUGCACCAUUACAGCCUGUAGCGCCUGCUAAGAUGCUGACUCAGUGUUGCAAAUCGAUCGCUAGAUCACAGCUGAGCUAAUAUUGCUGAAUAAUGGUGAGGGAGAAGGUAUUUGUUGAUAACCUUACAAGGAAGCUGCCUCACCCUGCUGAAUGCUCCGCUGCCGCUUGCAGAAGGCAAUUGUGCACUAGAUUCAGAUUUGCCUGAUAAAAGGAACAGUGUGUCAAAUUUCGAAAGUAAUCAGUUAGUUCUUUUUCUCCCGACUAAAAGUUUGAUUUCUUAACAUGGUGGCAUACUGUUGGAACAUUUGUCUGAAGCUGGUUAUUCAUAUUUAUAUAGAAAGUAAGGGAUGCUGAUAUCUUGGAUAUUACUUCCGUAGCUUUGUCAUCAUUUAUACUUCCAUUUUGUGCUUUGAUUUGUGGUGCGGCAUCUACUAGUUUCUGUUACCACUAUAUUGCGUCAACUAUCUUAGGUGCCAUCUGCACUACAUAAAUAGGAGUAGCAUUUAUUUCCUUCUGGUAUCCGUUGUGUAUUAUUUUCUUGAGUACUACGUAAGUAUUAUUUUUUUGUUCAGGGCUAGUGAUAUCUCUCUGCUUUUUGUACAUGUGCUAGCUAAUGCCUUGGUCGAGUAGGGUUUUUAACUGAAAUAAAAAACUCAGCAGAACUUGAUUCUGUUUUACCUGUGACCAAGUAUCUACUUGGAAGUCGCCUUGGCGCUUAUUAAGAAACAAUCCAGUGAAGGUCAGGGCUUCAACUGUGAGUUAUUAUACAACAUUCCCAUGGUGCGUAUGAUGUGCGCUGCUUCGAUAGCUUGCGCUUUCCUCCUGUGUAGAUCAGAUUUUGUCGAUAAAGCUGAUUUUUUUUUCUUGAGCGCAUGAUCCUUGUUUGUGCAAGCGAAGCAUCUUAUUGCUUUUAAAUUUUGCAGUCGCCGUAUUUGAGAUCCGUCACUUUCUCAAGUUUUAUAAAUUUGUUCACUUUUUUCGUCCUGUCGAGUGCUAACAGGGAGCAAAUUGUGAUAUCCUCUGAACAGGGAGCAAAUGGUUCCUGGCUUCCAUUUGGCAGAGGACCAAGAUGAUGAUAGUACCAAUGUUCAACAUUUGGUACGGCAAACGACGGUCGUUUCACAGACUGGUUGUGGAAAAUGGAUAUAAUUUGCCUGGAUCUUUUUUGGGUGCUAUCAUCACUUUCAGCCACCUACUCAAGGCCAUCUGUGCGGAGAACAAGACCAGCUAUGCAAUGGACAUGGCACUUCGGAUAAUGCCCAAGUUUAACUGCAUACCGGAUGUUUUCUCCUACAACAUUCUUUUCAAGGGUCUAUGCACCGAGAAAAGAAGCCAAGAGGCUCUAGAGCUGAUUCACGUCAUGGCUGAGGAUGGAGGUAGCUGCCAACCUAAUGUGGUGUCCUAUAGCACCGUAGUUGAUGGCUUGUUGAAAGAGGGUGAGGUGGACAAAGCUUACAGCCUAUUUUGUCAAAUGCUAAAGAGGCGAAUUUCGCCGAAUGUUGUGACCUGUAGUUCAAUCAUCUCUGUCAUGUGCAAGGUUCAUGCGAUGGACAAGGCUGAGCAGGUUCUUCAACAGAUGUUUGAUACAAGAAUUCUGCCAAAUGUUGCUACAUAUACUAGUCUGAUACAAGGAUACUAUUCAUUAGGACACUGCGAAGAGGUGGAUUGGAUUUUCAAGAAAAUGUCUAGAAAUGGUGUUCAACCAAAUAUUGUAGCUUACAAACAUACGGAUGGAUUAUCUUUGCAAGAGCGGAAGAUGCGCAUAAGCUAGGAAGCUUUUUGAUUCUAUGAUCAGUUUGGGCCAAAAACCGACGGUUACUACAUACAACAUUCUGCUCCAUGGGUAUGCUAUGCAAAGUUCUUUUCAUGAUAUGCAUUGUCUCAUGGAUUUGAUGGCAGAAAAUGGCAUUUCACCGGAUCAUUAUGUCUACAACAUACUGAUAUUUGCAUAUGCUAAAGAAAAAAAAUGGUUGGUGAGGUAAUGCAUAUAUUUACAAAAAUGCGGCAGCAAGGAUUCAACCCUGAUGCAGCGAGCUAUGGGACGGGAAUAAACUUACUUUGCAGCAUUGGCCGAAUGGAUGAUGCUGUGCUGCAAUUCAAUCAAAUGAUGACGGAAGGAUGGAUUAGCUCAUGAUAUCAUAGUUUUCACCACCCUUUUGAGUGGUUUUUGUUCUUGUGGCAAAUGGGAGAAGGUUCAUGAACUAUUUUCUGAAACGUUGAAUCGUGGCAUCUAUCCCAAUACUGUGUUCUUCAACAGAAUUAUGAGCCCCCUUUGCAAAAAUGGAAGCCCAAGAUCUCUCUGACCUGAUGAUACACAUGGGUGUAAAGCCGGACAUGCAUACUUAUAACACACUGAUGGGUGGAUACAUGUUCGUUGGCAAGAUGGAUGAAGUGAGGAAGUUACUUGACAAUAUGGUCUCAACUGGCAUGGAACCAGAUAUUUUCACAUAUGGAUGACUACAACUUGAAGGAAGUUGCACAUUUGGCCUCAGCUAAGCUGUAAUUUUGUAGUUUACUUUUGUCAGUCCUGGAUUUCCCUUGUUUCUUUGAUUUGUGUCAUUCCUGUUUGCACACAAACCCAUGUUAUGGUUUUGUAGAUAAUUAGAGGCGGCAUGAGCUAGCUGCUCUUCAUAACUUCCAUCUGGUAGCACAAGGAAAAAGACCUUGGUAAGCACAUGAGGUGAUAAUGGUACGA